GUGAUAUAUAUUUUGCAUCCAUUCCUCGAGCCGGUGCAAUGAAUAAUAAUAAUAAUAAUAAUAAGUAAUUCCCCUGAGUAUUCAACUAAUAUUAAAAAAAAAAAAAUUAAGUAAGUGAUAAAAAUAAAAUACUUAAAAAUUAUUAUCCUGCAGAAGAAAAAAUUUAAAAAAAAAAAUGGAGGAAAAAUUAUCGGCCCGUGAGUAUCAAAUAGAUUUAUUUGAAAAAACUCUCACGGGAAACCGAAUCGUCUAUUUGCCAACGGGGUCUGGCAAAACAUACAUCGCCGUCAUGUUAAUAAAACACAUGAGUGGCGAUGUCAGAUCACCCUGGGGUCUAGGAGGCAGACGUACGGUUUUUAUUGUCAACACUGUCGCCCUUGUUUCCCAACAAUCGGCUUACAUUGCGCGACAAACUGAUUUGACAUGCGGAGGAUACUCUGGCGACAUGGACGUCGACUCCUGGAGCCCUGAGAUGUGGACCGAAGAGUUUCAAACCAAGCAGGUCCUGGUAAUGACAGCCCAAAUAUUCCUCAACUUGCUGCAACACGGAAUGCUGUCGCUUCAGCAAGUGAACCUCUUAAUAGUCGACGAGUGUCACCACGCGACAAAAAACCACCCGAUGCACGAAGUAAUGAAAAAAUUUGAAUCCUGCGAAAAGUCCCGGCAGCCAAAAGUCCUCGGACUUACCGCGACCCUGCUAAACUCAAACAUAAAACCCACAGAAAUACCCAACGUAAUCAGGGACCUAGAGAUAACCAUGCACGCGAGCAUAAUCACCGUGAAUUCAAUCGAGCAAGUAAAACAAUAUGGCCGUCCCACUGAGUCAUUCUGGAGAUACAGUCCACCAGUAGCCUCUCCCAUCACCAAAGAUCUUGUCUCGCUCAUCGAGUACUCAAAGCACGUGCUCAAAGUCACCCAAUUUCAGAAAAUCUCCGACACCAUAAACCGUUCAAGCAGCGUUUUUUUACCCCGCACUAAAGACGAACGUCUUAAAAACAUUCUAGAAGACAUUUCCAUUCACAUUCAAACCCAGGGUCUUUAUUUCGGCAACUUUUCGAUCCUCUAUUACCUCAAAAAAAUCGAAGAACUCAAACGUCUUACCGACGAUUCCCAGUCCCUUACAAUUUUGGAUUUCAUAAAAACCCAAAUGACGGUCAUGAGACGUCUGAUUGAUUACACGAUGGAUAGACCAACGGAAUUAGAAAAUAUAAUGACAUAUUCUACCAACAAACUGCUUAAAUUAUUCCAAUUUCUCUACGAAUUUUCAAUAAAACCCUCGAAAACUAAAUUCUGCUCCAUCAUCUUCGUCCAGAGACGAUUUACGGCCAAAGUCAUGUACAAAAUAUUACAAAAACUCCAUGAAUAUGAUCCCAGAUUCAAAUUUCUGUCGCCGGACUACGUUCUGGGGAACAGCGCAGACUCUUGCAAAACUCCUAGCGAGAGUAUUUGUUUGAACGAAUGGAACCGAAAGGCUUUGAAGCGGUUCCGAGACGGAGAAGUAAACUGUAUAGUGGCGACAGACGUUUUAGACGAAGGUGUUGACAUUCCCCUGUGUAAUUUGAUAAUCUGCUACGACCAGCCCCAGGAUUACCGGGCGUACAUGCAGAGCAAAGGCCGCGGUCGGUACAAAGACUCCGAGUUUGUUACCUUCGUGGAAAAUGGCGACAACGUAUUCCCGCAGCGCUACGCGAUGUUCCAAAAGAUCGAGUCGGUAUUGAAGACUUCGCUGAUCGGUAAAACAGACGAGAGGUCAGGGCCGACGGAAGCUGAGUUAGAGGAGAACUUGUAUGUGUACAACAUCAAGCCUUACUCGGUCGUAGUCAACAACGAGGUCGUUGCCACGUUGACUGAAACGUCUGUCGUCAGUACUCUCGAGCACUAUUGCGCAACUUUGGGCCAGUCGAAAUUCUGCCGGAAAUCUCCGGUCUACAAACUACUGUACGGUAGAAAAAAUCAAAUUAACUCGAUGGAAAGUGAAACAGAAAAGUUCAAAGUUUCUGUGCGUCUGCCGAUCGAUUCCCCACUGAGAGAAGAAAUAGUUGGAGACGAAAUGUCUUCUACUAAUCUAGCGAAACAAUCGGCGGCGAUGAAAGCCUGCAUUCGGCUGCAUCUUCUGGGAGAACUGACUGACCGACUGCUGCCAAAAGAUUCUAAAGAGAUAAUCGAAGACAUAACUGAGCUGCUGACCUACUGGAAAGACGAGAAUGAUGACAAUAAGAAAGUCGUAGGUACGAAGGGUAAAAAGCGCUUUUACAAAUAUAUAAAUCCCACGUGUCUGUAUGACUGUUUUCCACUGACGAACCAUCACAAUUACCUGCACUUGAUAAAACUGCAAAUGCUUCCUCUGCCUAACAAUCAAGUAUUCUGUACGAUGAUCAACAAUGACAGAAACUUCGCACUUCUUACCAAUAAACCAAUGAAACCAGUACCAGGUUUCCCGAUUUUCAUGACCUAUGGCCCAGUAAAUGUCACAGUGGACACAAACUACGCGCGCUGUCCCCUCACACGCGAGCAAUUAGAAUGUCUACGUAAAUUCCACUGGAUUAUCUUCAAAGACAUCUUGGAACUGGUAAGAAACUUUAUGAUCCUGCAGAACACGGAUUCCGAUCCAAUGACUCUGGCCGACAAUCUUUUGAUGGCUCCCUUGACUCCCGAGGGAGAGAUCGACUGGGCAGUAAUUAACAACUGGGACAAGAUCGAACUAUGCCCGAUCAAACUGGACGCGCAAAAUAGUCCAGAUAUCAAAGAACUGGAUCUGGUUAUCCCCCGGUACCGUUCUACAGAGAAAGCGUACAUAGUUUUGAAAGUAAGAGACGACAUGACACCCAAGAGUCUCUUUGCUAACAACAAAUUCGAGUCUUACAUCGAUUUCUACCAAGAAAAGUACGGGGUUGUCAUAGAAAACCCCAACCAAUCGCUUCUAGAAGUGCGCACCAUCUCCAAAGAUAUCCAUUUUAUAAAACCUAGAGUCUACAGUAUGAACACUGAGCAGAAUUCUAAAAAGUAUCAGCGCAUCAUUCAUCUGAUUCCUGAACUGUGUGCUAAAGUAUCAUUUUCCUCAAUUUACUGGCUAAAGGCACGUGCCCUGCCAUCAAUAUUGCAUCGCAUCAGAUACUUGUGUGUCGCCGAUGACUUCCGAGAGCAAGUGGCCCGUGAAGCAGGAAUCGGUAAAGAAAAACUAAAGUUGGCUUACGAUGACUCCCAGUUCUUCGAUUUACUAAGAAGUAAUCCGCAGUCUUCUAACGAAGAGGACAUAGCAAACAAAUUGGAUGACUUGAUGCCCCUGGAAAGUUACGACGAUCUAGAGCCAAAGUUGCCUCAGAAAAGUUCAAUCGAUCUCGAUCGUAAUAUUGACAGCGUUUCCGUAAUGGACAUCCACGAUUUCCAAGACUUUACACGUCGCAUAUCUUCAAAGGCCGAUACCCUGAGGAAGUUUGCGUACUUGCCAGAGUUUGCUAAACGAACCGAAGUACCAACGCCUACACUCAAAGUUCUGCAGGUUAAAGACAUUAGCACAUCGGCGCCCAAUGCAUCGGAAGUUUUGUGCGCACUUACCCCCAAAUUUUCCAACGACGCGUUCAAUUUCGAGCGACUGGAAACUCUUGGUGAUUCAUUCCUCAAGUUCUUUAGCUCUAUUUACUUGUUCGAAAAGUUCCCUAGGAAACUUGAAGGCUCACUGACGAUUUACAAAGGCUCUAUGGUCAGUAACCGUUAUCUCUUUUACUGUGGCGCCAACAAAAAAAUUCCCGAGUACAUUAACGCAGUUGACUUCGUACCGACGAUCAAUUUCGGGAUUCCCGCAUGCGCGGCGCCCAGCGAAGUCCUCGAUUACAUCCAACAGACCCACAAAACACCCGACGUUCUCUACGAAACUAAUAUACCCCCAGCAGAACAGUUCCGUGGAAUUAUAUCCAACGAAACACGCAACGAAAUACUUGGGAAAAUAGACUCUUACGCCGUAGGAGAACGCGAAGACCUGGCAUUUAUGUUCCACGGGCAAAUGGUCCCAGACAAAACGGUCGCCGAUUGCUUAGAAGCCUUAACUGGGAUCUAUUUGCUAAAAUCUGGUCUAGUGGGCGCUGCUACUUUACUUAAGUGGUUCGGAGUCCUGCCAGCUGACGCGAGUAUUCAAAAAAUACUUUCUGGCAGCCCCAUGAGCGCUAAAAUAGGCGACGGGGAAGUUGACUUCCACAUGCCCUGGAUAAAUUUCAUUGAAGAGCGCGUCGGGUAUAAAUUUAAAGAUAGAUCCUUUUUGUUGCAAGCGUUCACCCAUUCGAGCUACUCGAUAAACACCGCGACAGUGAGCUAUGAUAGGUUAGAAUUCCUAGGGGACGCCAUUAUCGAUGUUUUGAUCACCAGCUACAUCUACGAGAACUGCGGGGACUUGAGUCCUGGAGAUCUCACAGAUUUGAGGUCUGCGUUGGUUAACAACAUAACCUUCGCUUGUUUGACUGUUAAAUAUGGCUUUCACACGGCAUUGCUGGCCUACGCGCCCAUCUUAGCCGACAGUAUUGAGAGAUUUAUCAAGUACCAGCAGGAAAGGAACUACAAAGUCGAUGAUGAUUUGCUCUGGAUCCUUAUGGAAGAGAACGAAUGCAACAUGGCCGAGUAUGUGGACGUUCCUAAAGUCCUGGGUGACUUAUUCGAGUCGAUGAUUGGCGCCAUAUUUCUGGACAGUGGGAAGAAUUUCGCGCGCACGUGGCAGGUUCUCUUUGGGCUGAUGCACAACGAAAUCGAACGGUUUAGCAAGAAGGUUCCCAAGCAGCCGGUGAGGAAAAUUUAUGAAACCUCGGGGGUUAAGCCCCAUUUCUUGGACUCGCAGAUUGUCGAGCAGGGAAAGUGCAUCAUGGUGCCGUUGGAGAUUGAGGUUAAUGGCAAGAGGAGAAUUUUUAAUGGGUUCGGAGGCACUAAAAAACAGGCGAAGGCUGCUGCGGCUAAACUCGCUUUAAGAACUAUUAUGAAAAAAAAUGUUGAUUUGUAGGUUAGAUUUAUCACUGUGUUUAUUUAUUGUGCUAAGCGUGAAUAUUAAAUUUAUGUUAUGACUUAA